CCCGUCGGGUCCUGAUUGGCGGCGCAUGAGCGAAAUAAAAGUGGGCGCGCCGGGCCAGGCGGGCAUUUCUGCAGCUGACGGCGUGCUGGUCACGAUGUCUCGCCCAGUGGUGGCCUUGGCCUUGCUGGCACUGCUCUCUCUGCCUGGCCUGGACGCUGUGCAGCGUCCUCCAAAGGUGCAGGUUUACUCACGGCACCCAGCAGAGGAUGGAAAGCCAAAUUUCCUGAACUGCUAUGUGUCUGGAUUUCAUCCACCCCAGAUUGGUAUUGACCUGUUAAAGAAUGGAAAGAAGAUAGAAAAGGUGGAGCAAUCAGACUUGUCUUUCAGCAAGGACUGGUCUUUCAAUACCCUGGUCCACACUGAAUUCGUCCCCAAUGAAAAGGACGUACUUGCCUGCCGAGUGAAUCACACCACUCUCGAUAAGCCCCGGAUCGUUCAGUGGGAUCGAAACCUGUAACCAGCAUGAUGCAGGUGGGUUUUUGACCUUAAGAAAAUGUUUUUUGUUUCACUAUCCUGGGGACAUAGACAGCUCUAACAUGAUAACUCUCGUUGUAUGGAGGACAUUAAUCAGGGUAGCAUUUCAGCAGGCAAAGAAGAAUCCUAUAGAGUCACAUUCCCUUCUAAUGUGUAGUGGCAUGAAGAAGUGUGUGGCCUCAGGUAUGGCUCUGCCAGCGUCAUUGCCCCUCUACAGGGAGGGCAGAGGAGUUGCCAGUGGUGUGGCAGGAUAGAGGCAGCUGGUUACCCACACCGCCUACAAGGCUUUCAUCUUCUGCCAUUUCCAUAUUGGGCAGCUCUGCUGAGAAGAGGGCCUUCAAAAGUGAACCACUCUCUUCCUUUGUAUACAGUUGCUUUAUUCUUCAGCCAGAAGGGAGGAGUGACACAGUUCUGCAGAUGUCCCAUUCCUUCAACCUCUUGUUCAGCCUCAGUGUGUAGGCACUGUAUUUGCCUUUUAGAGGCUCCCAGUCUACUAGAGGAGAGAAAUGGAAACAUUGUUAUAACUCGACAUAAAGAUACUGUAAUAGUUUUAUCUACAAGGAGCUCUAGAAGCAUGAGAUGGCUGGGUACAAGUGGCCCACACCUAUAAUCCC